GAACUUUGCGACCAUGCAACACUGAAGCAAUUAUUUCAUAAUUUCAUCAUUGCGCAAUCGGAAGCUGCAGCGCAAGAGUGUCCACAAAAUGCGAGAUGGAUUGGAUGGCAGAUGAGAUACAUCAAACCAAAACCGACAUAUCGAGAAUGGUUAAUAAAUUUACUGAGGUUGGUGACUCCACGUGACGACUUAAAUCCUACUGGUCUUGAAAUUAUCAACGAUAUCUAUUAUCAGGGGAGUGUGAAAAGCUGUACGAGAAGCGUGAGUGGAGAGGACAGCCGAAGAAGCCACGUUCAAGGUUUUGAUCAAGAAAUGUUGAAAGGUAACGAGUGGGUGGCAUUUUUCCAUAACAUCGAGAACAGGACAGACUUGAUGAAAAUGGCUGUGAAUUUCUUCAAGAGCGAAGAUGGAAAGAAGUAG